AGUGGGUGAAAGGCGGGGGUGUGUGGCCAUGUCUGCUUCGUUGCUACGGCGGGGCCUGGAGCUACUGGAGGCACCGGGCCGGGGGAAGACCCCGCCGGGACUCCAGCAGGGGCGUGAUGGCGGCAGACCGGCAGGAGCCGCCCGGCGGAGGAAGGUAAUGGCGGGGCCUGGGAAGAACAAGGCUACGAUCAAGGGCAGAGUCGUGAAGUCGGCGAUAGAGGAGUAUCACAAGAAGAAAGCUGUAAAUCACCUCAAAGCGAAUUUGCAGUACAUGACAAGCGGACGAUGCGUUGCUGACAGAGCUGUAACCCAGCAAGUUCUUACACAGAACAGAGGCAGAAAGUCAAAAGAUCUGCCUGUAGAGAAGAAAGAAAAGAAGAAGCCUGAGGGCACUGUCUUUACUGAGGAAGACUUCCGUAAAUUUGAGAGAGAAUACUUUGGAAUCCCAUAAACAGCAUGAAAGGAACUCUUGCAGCUCCAGUCCAUCUGCAGCUGAGUGCUCAGAAGGCAGGACUGGCCACUUCCUCAGCGUGUUUGAGAAUGGACGUAGGAGAUCUGUCACUUUGUCAGCAAAUAAACUAGCAUCAGACUUGCAGAAUAACUGCACCUGUCCAGAACUCACUGCUGGGGCCAUGGAGGUUCUCUUUGGUCUUUGCAAUACAUUGUCCUUAUCAUUACCUCCCUUCAGCCAGCAUGUCUUGCGUUCUUGACAUAGAAAGGUGGACUAAUCCAAAAACAAAUCUUGUUCUUCAGUAAGUAAGGCAUCUGCUGCCAGUCUCCAACUCAAUGGAGAUAUGUUUUCAACAGCAGAAGUAAAUCAUUAAGAGGGAAGGAUGCUUCAAAAGACUGAAAUCCUAGUACUCCUGCAGUUUCUGUCAUUAUAACAUCUGUCAGGUUUUUCUGACAUUGUAAAAAGUUUUGUAUGUAUUGUACGAUUAAACAAUUGUUGUUACA